AAGAAAGAAAGGGAAGCAAAUCAUUUAAUAUUAUGACUGACGAACCCCAUAUGAACGCUUUGCUCAUCUUUCCUUUGGUGGGUGAGAAGAAAAUGGCGGUAUCUCUCACAACAUGGACACAGGACAAACAAUUCCUUCCCAACAAUCCUUUAUUUUUCUGCCCUUUUCAGACCAGCGUAGAAGAAGAACCACCCACAGCCCCUCUCUUCCUCGUACAACCUCGAGCUCUGGUCCUUUUGCACAAUCUCCACAGAUAAGUUCUUCUUCUUCCCCAAGUAUUGACUUGAUCGGACGCCAUUCAAGCUCAGUGUUGUCUUGUUCUUCCAUGGAUUUCAAAAUUAGUCAAUACCCAUUGUUGCUGACCUCUAUUUGAUGUCAUUUCGCUGUGUUUUUGUGUGUUUUUGCGUUGUUUUCUUCAUAUUUGAUUGAUUUUCUCAACUGGGUCGAAGCUUGAUUCUGAAAUUCGUGAUGGGUUCUUCAAAUUUUUGUGGUUUAAUCUGUUUUUUGAGCUGGUUUUAUCUGUUCAUCUUGAUUCAAUGUGGAGUAUCCUUAGCAAGUACUAGGAGUUUUGGGAACAUUUCUCCAGGGUUUCAAGGCUCUCAGAUGAACUGGAUUGAUAACGAUGGCUUGUUUCUUAUGUCCAAUAACUCUAAAUUUGGGUUUGGAUUUGUGACUACUCAAGAUGUUACAAGGUUUUCACUGGCUAUCAUCCACACAGGCAGCUUACGAGUUGUUUGGUCGGCCAAUAGGGCCUCCCCUGUUCUUAAUUCUGAUAAGUUCACAUUUGAUGAGAAGGGAAAUGCAAUGUUGAUGAAAGGUUCUUUGGUUGUUUGGUCUACAAAUUCAAGUGACAAAGGGGUUUCUGCUUUGGAGUUGCAGAACUCGGGGAAUUUGGUUUUACGAGCAAACGAUAGCGAUCGAGGUAUCGUUUGGGAGAGUUUUAGCUAUCCAACUGAUACCCUUUUAUCAGGGCAGGAUUUUGUUGAAGGAAUGAAACUUGUGAGUGAUCUUAGCAACAAUAACUUGAGUUAUUCCCUUGAAAUGAUAUCUGGUGAUCUGAUUCUAUCAGCUGGCUUUCGACCCCCGCAGCCUUACUGGUCGAUGGCUAAGGAGAAUCGAAAAACCGUUAAUCGGAACGGUGGAGCUGUUUCCUCGGUGAAUCUUGAUUCGAACUCUUGGAAGUUCUAUGAUCGAAACAAUGUCUUGCUCUGGCAAUUCAUCUUCUCAAAUAAAGUGAAUGAAAAUGCUACUUGGAUUGCUGUUUUAGGAGACGAUGGCUUUAUUUCGUUCUAUAAUCUUCAAGAUUCCGGUGCUGCGUCGAGUAUUAGGAUACCUGAAGACUCUUGUAGCACACCGGAGCCGUGUGGCUCGUAUUUUAUAUGUUAUAGUGGGAAUCGAUGCCAAUGCCCUACUGUUCUUAGCUCCAAUCCGAAUUGUCAGCCUGGGAUUGUGUCUCCUUGUGAUCGUUCGAAUGGAAGUAUCGAGCUUGUAAGUACGGGGUUUAGCCUAAAAUAUUUUGCACUUGGAUUCCUACCAUCGACUUCGACGACUGAUUUAGAUGGUUGCAAGGAAUCGUGCAUGAGCAACUGUUCUUGUCGGGCGUUGUUCUUCGAAAACCGAACAGGGAAGUGUUUCUUGUUGGACGACGUAGGUGGGUUUCAAAAUGCAAACGAAAACUAUGACUUUGUUUCAUACAUCAAGAUCUUGAACAAUGUAGGUAGCAGUGACGACAAUGAUCGGAGUAAAAAUGGUGGAAUGAACUCUCAUAUCGUGGCGAUCAUCGUUGUUUUUACAGUGUUCGUCAUUUGUGGUCUAGUUUAUUUGGCUUUUUGUUACUACAAGAUGAAGAAGAAACCACCCGGAACUCCUCACGAGACGUCCGAGGAUGAUAGCUUCUUGAAUGGUUUAACCAGGGCACCGAUUCGUUAUAGCUACGACGAUCUUCAAAGUGCAACCAAUAACUUUUCGAUGAAGCUUGGUCAAGGGGGAUUUGGGUCGGUAUAUCAAGGAGCUCUACCAGACGGAACCCGGCUUGCCGUGAAGAAAUUGGAGGCGAUCGGUCAGGGGAAGAAGGAGUUUCGAGCCGAAGUGAGCAUAAUCGGUAGCAUCCAUCAUGUUCACUUGGUUAGGCUCAAAGGCUAUUGUGCUGAAGGAUCACACAAGCUUCUUGCUUAUGAGUACAUGGCUAAUGGGUCAUUGGACAAAUGGAUAUUUAGGAAGAACAAAGAAGAUUUUUUGUUAGAUUGGAACACAAGGUUCAAUAUUGCAUUAGGAACAGCUAAAGGAUUAGCGUACCUACACGAAGAUUGCGACGUGAAGAUUAUUCACUGUGAUAUCAAACCCGAAAACGUGCUUCUCGAUGACAAGUUCCUUGCAAAAGUAUCGGACUUCGGGCUUGCAAAGCUAAUGACACACGAGCAAAGCCAUGUUUUCACGACACUAAGAGGAACUCGAGGGUAUCUAGCACCAGAGUGGAUCACGAACUAUGCUAUAUCAGAGAAGAGUGAUGUUUAUAGCUACGGGAUGGUGUUGCUCGAGAUAGUCGGGGGAAGAAAGAACUUCGACUCAACCGAAACGUCGGAAAAAGGCCAUUUCCCAUCAUAUGCUUUUAAAAUGCUGGAAGAAGGAAGACUUGAAAACCUCCUUGAUCCAAAUUUGGUGAUAAAUGAUGGUGAUGAGAGAGUUUUUAUAGCCAUCAAAGUUGCUCUUUGGUGCAUACAAGAAGAUAUGCACCUUAGGCCACCGAUGACUCGAGUAGUCCAAAUGCUCGAAGGCCUUUGUGUCGUUCCUCCGCCUCCGACUUCCUCCCCGCUCGGUUCUCGCCUGUUUUCAAGCUUCUUCAAAUCAGUCAGUGAGGGAGGAACCUCUUCCGGGCCUUCCGACUGCAACAGCGAUGCAUAUCUUUCGGCGGUGAAGCUAUCCGGGCCAAGAUGAUUUCGGCGUAUCGUAUCGUUCAUUCCACAGAUGAGUUCUCUUAUACUUCUUACAUAACAUCAUAUUCUUGUAAAUUAGUUUUGCUGUUUGUUAUGUACAUUUUGAGUGCUGAUUUUGUAUGGUAAAUUUGUUCUUCAAAUAGUUUCACGAAA